AUGAAGCUUACUGAUUCAAUACAGCGACUAGGAGUGGCCUACCAUUUUGAGGAAGAGAUCCGAGAUAGCAUAGAUCAUGUUCAUGAGGCUGUGAUGGGUGAUUUAUACACUACUUCACUGCAAUUUCGACUUCUAAGAGAACAUGGUCAUUCAGUUAGUUCAGAUCUGUUGAACAAAUUCAAAGAUAGGAAUGAAAGAUUCAUGGACAGCUUAAGCAAGAAUGCAACAGGUCUUUUGAGUUUGUAUGAAGCUUCACACCUUGGAAUGAACAGUGACGAUGGCUUAAAAGAAGCAAAGAACUUCAGUAUUAAACAUCUAGUGUCAUUGGCUGGUAAGUUGGACAAUAAUUUAGCUGAGCAGGUCAAGCAAUCCUUGCAAACACCACUAUACUGGAGAAUGCCAAGGUUGGAAGCCUGGAAAUUCAUCGAUCUCUUUGUAGUGGACGAUGAAAAAAGCUUAAUUCUGAGCAAAUUGGCCAAAUUGGAUUAUAAUCUAGUGCAGUCCAUACAUCAGCAAGAACUAACGGAACUUGCAAUGAAAGGCCUUACCAAGAUGGUUUGCAUAUUUAGAGCAAUCGACGACAUGUAUGACAUUUAUGGAUCAUUAGAUGAGCUUGAAUGCUUCACUAAUGCAGUAAAUCGAUGGAGCAUCGAGGCCAUGGAGGACCUUCCUGAGUACAUGAAGCUAUGUUACUUGGCCAUGUUCAAUUCCGGAAAUAAAGUUGCCGAUGAUGUUCUGAAAGAUAAUGGUCUGAAUGUUCUUCCCUACAUUAAAGAAGAGUGGACAAAUCUUUGUUGUUCAUAUUUGCUUGAAGCACGAUGGUUUUACGGUGGUCAUACACCAACACUGGAAGAAUAUUUUAGAAAUGCUUGCACGUCCAUAGGUGGUCCGAUAGCCAUAUUCCAUGCUUACGUGUUGCUAGGGUUCCCUGUAGCAGAAAAUUCUCUCAGCUGCUUCAAGCUUGGCUCAGAGACAAUUUAUUGGUCAUCUCUCAUUACCCGAAUUUGCAAUGAUUUGGGCACUUCCAAGGCUGAGCUUGCAAGAGGAGAUGUGCCAAAGUCCAUCCAAUGUUACAUGAUCGAAGAGCAAGUGUCAGAAGAACAAGCAUACCAUCACAUGAAGAGUCUGAUAAUCUCCUCAUGGAGUAAUCUUAAUGAGACAAUUGCAAGAAAAUCGCAUCCUCAAUCCCUUGUAAGGAUGUCAUUAAACAUGGCAAGGACUGCUCAGUGUAUCUUCCAAAAUGGAGAUGGUAUUGGGACAUCAACUGCAGAGACAAAAGAUACCUUAACCUCACUAAUUGUCACACCCAUUCCGAUUGAGCAACUCGACCCUAGCAUGAUGGACUCGGCUGGUUCAAGCUUGGGUUGA